AUGGUGGAUGUAGUGGAACUACUUCUCUCACAGGGUGCUGAGGUCGAUGCUCGAGCGCUGAAUGGAGCAACACCGCUUUUCCGUGCGAUCGAAACCUCGCGUGCCGCAGUUGUCAACUUGCUCGUUAAUAGGGACGCAGAUAUUACCCUUGAAACGAAGCAAGGUGCGUUGACUUAACUUCCACUAUAUUGAUCCACGCAUAUUGAUUAGGUAGUCUCUCACGUACUAAAGACUGCAGAAAUUGAAAUACCCACAAAAAUUUGUCAACGUAAGCUAUAAAAUGUGCGCUUAUGAAUACACUUAUCCAUUGGUUAGUAAGAAAUCUACACCUCAGCUAAACUGUGAAUCGUAAAUUCGGCAAGUGUACGGUGUGUAAUCCUCUGCGGUAGACCGCAGUUGGCUACGAACCUAAUGCCCGCCAGGGUUAUGCCUUCAGUGGAAAAUCUCUGGCCUUCAGGCAUUAAAGGAAAAGUCAGACGGAACCAUACUCAUAAGCCAAGUCCUGAAAUCUUAAUCCUAGCCUCCAUCCCAAAUUCAAACCUUAACGCAAGCCUGAAAAUCAUAUUUCCAAGAAUAACCCAACUAAUCUCAAUUUUAACCGUUAAUAAAAACCUAACCUUGAGCCCAUAACGGGCACCUUUAAUAUUGAUGAUGCUGUUGAAGGUCUAAAUCAGCUUUCUGCACUGUCCCUUUCGCGACUUACUGCCAGUCAAAGCGUUAUGAAGCACCAAUUACCCAGGGGGUUACAUACCCUGCCCUUACCGUAAAGCCUUCUUUUAGCAUUGUUCGAAGCCAACCAAAUUAUUCCGCCUCUAAGGCCUAACGGGAGUUCUGCUGGCAGAGAGGCAUGUUCAGGCGUGUGAGUAGUCGACUCUUCUGUUAGGUAAGGGCUCCUCAUCCUCUAGCGUCCGAGAAAGUUGCCCGUUCCCGAGGUCGCAAGCUUCAGUUCUUUGCAUGAAGGUUUAAGGAGAAUAAAAAGGAUGACGAGGAUGUGAAGGUAUAGUUUUUGUAAUACUCAGUAAGGUGCGACCAGAAAUUCUCCUAACACAUUACUCAGAGGAACAAACUGAAAAAUGGCCCUAAAUUAAACGAGAUAUGAAAAAUUCGGACGGCCUCCGUGGUAAUACCAAGGUCUCUAUUUCUGUAUAACAUGACAAGAAAUAGUGUGACCGAUUACGGAUCAGCAAAAUCAAGGCAAGACGACUGACGCGUGUCACGCCAGAUUGGAUGAGACGAAUUUUCAAUCACCAGACCGGAAAAGAGAAGCGAAGAAGAUUUAGGAGAAUUCGAUUGGCAAAUUGCCUAACUGUCCUUAAACGUCGUUGGCAUAUAACACCAUCUUAAGGGGAAUGAAAGACACCAACACUGGAUGGGGCAUAGUUAGGGAACGCCUUUAAAUUGGAAUUAGCUGUUUUCAUGAUGCAGGAAAAAUAACAUGGAACCGUAGAUGAUAGGAAUGUGAAUAUGGCCAUCAAUAGAUUCCAGGCGUAGGAGCGCAAGCGGCCGCUCUAGUGCCUGGGUUUACCAAUUUUAUCAAAAGUGACUUCAGAGUAUCUGGGCAAUAUACUCAGGGGAACUAAACUACCUCAACAAAAGCGCAAAAAACACAGGAUUGAAAGAUAAUCCCAGUUUAUGCCAGCAUUUUCUCAUGAUCGCGCUGAGUCAUGAUACAGAGAUCCGCGAUAUCGGUGCACUUAAAGCACAGUUUAAUUUGAAAAUAGGUAUAAAGUUAACUUUGCGUAUUACAUCUGACCGCAGUCAUUAGAAAAAUGUGGACUUUAGUUUGCAAGUUGCAAAAAUGUCCGUGUAGGUGGACGUUAUUGUGCAAACUACUCGACGGAGCGAGCCAAAAUAACUAGUUUUUGCGUAAAUUUGUCCGCUUUAACUGUGAAACCGAGAUCUUUUAAUAACUCUAUCGCAUGAAUGAUGGCCAGUUAAGAUGCUAACCGCUUCCACGGCGUCAUCUGGUUUCAGCUUUUUUCAAGACAGAUUUUAUACCUCCAGUCCUCUCUUUACUUGAAUCCACGCAUUUUUUAUCGGUGUCUGAAUGUACAAGACAGUUAGAAAAGGGUACCAUGUCGAAUUCUCCGCAGAUCAGUAGAGGCAAAUGAUAAUUGGUUAGUUAUAUUUAAUCAGACGUGGGGUAACUGUCUAGACUUACUAGCCAUCAAUUACAGUUCAUUUCGGACUUCACAUUUCUCUACCCCACAAAUGAACCCCCUCACAAAUGGUCAUACAAAAUGCGUCACUCCGUCGAUUUCCAACUCACAGACAGAUGCGCAUUUGCUGUAAGGUCGUAUUGGACCGACUUAAAUUUAUUGAAAACUCAUGUUUUUAAAGCUGUAGUCUGAGUCAAUUACCUGCAAAUUUUCGCCAGCCUCAAAUAGCCGAAUGCAUAAGUUUGUUUUCAAUUUACGAUCUGUGUCAAUGCGACCCGCUAAAAUGGGCAGUUAGUUCAAAAUCAAGACAUUAGUUUCUUAAGGCUUUGGAAGAGUAAAUAGGAUGAAUUUCGACAACUAGUGUAAAUUAUGCAACAGAUUCUAUGCUGUGCUGAAAGCCGCGGUAGAAGGUAAUUUGUAUUAACUGAUUAGUGAAAAAUUCUGACUUUCAAAAACAGAUCUAACGUCAAAGUUAAAACAAUUUGGUGCACCGUGACUAGGACAUAUGCGAACGUGUCAAGUGCACUGACACUUUGGCUCUCCAGAACCGCUUAUCCUACGCGUUUUCUCCUAUUGCCUUGCAACAGGUACGACACCUCUGGAUGAGGCCUUUGUAUGGGGUGAUCCUCGAGUGAUUGCUAUUCUUAUGGCAAAAUCUGCGGAACUCAAAGCCAAGGAAACAAAAAAGUCUGCACGCCGCCCCGCUGUAUGUAAUUUGGCCAAUUCUAGCAACCUCUGCUUCUAGAGGACUGUUCACCUUUCCUCCCUGUACUGAAAGUCAGCACUUUCGUCUCAAAUAGGUUUUCAACCUAUCGAAAUUAUAGUCUCAAAGGACACUGAAUAGGUGGAUGACAACUUGAGACCUGUGCUUUAAAUAAAUUUCUAACUGCGGAUACGGCAAAAGCAGGGGAUUCAGAAAAUUUUGAGAAGCAAAGUUGUCCUAGAAGUUUUAAUUUUCAGGUCUGUGUUUGUUCAUUUUGGACGAGCAUAGCGUAUUUAUCAAUCAAAUCCAUUUUGAACCAGUGUAACCAAAUCAAUGUCAUAAAGUAAAUUUCUUUAUAACUGACAUUUGGACGUCUGAGUCUAAACUGGUACACAGUAAGCCGAAGAACGUGAGAACGCUUUGAUCCCAUUGAAAAGAGGGCUAACGUGUGUUCCGAAAUCCUCACAUUAAUUGAAAUACCAAAUAAUAUACGCUCUUCUACAGUAAUUUAUAGAUGCAGUUAUAAUAAUAAUAGUGUGUUUUAGGGUAAUAGGCAAUGCCCUUGAUGACCCUAUUGAAAACGGUACAUAAGAUGUAAAUGUUAAAUGUACAUCUUACUAAAAUUUUGUCCGUAACAUAUUUGUUCACGGAAAACUUUCACAAUGCGGGACUUCGAAGGGUGCGGCAGGCGGUCUUCUCAGUGUACAUAUGAAAUUUUAAGUGCAGUCAUAUACAAUCAGCAUAAAGUGCAGUCAUUUGCAUAGUUUGAGAGGAGGCAUCUCAUCAAAAGUCAGGGAUGUGCUAAUUAGGGAUGAAAUCAAGAAAUGAAAUUUAUGACUGGCCGCAGAUCGUCCUGUUGUGAAAGUCGUCGUUUAUCGAAUAUCAAACGAUCCAGCUGCCUUUUGAAUACAGCGAUUGUAUCAGAUGUCACUAUUUCACUUGGGAGUGAGUUCCAUGGUCGAACAACACGCUGACUGAAGGAAAACUUCCGAUUGUCUAGGCGCGUUAAAUUGAUCUACAUUGUAAGCUUGCAGCUGAACAUAGAACCUUAGGUCUUACGGUCCCACUUUAUAGUCCACGCGCGGAUACUCUAGAUGACCAAAUAUCUCGCUGAGGCAGUUGAGAGAGAUCCUGUUUAAAGAUUCUAGUAAUGUUUAGUUAUCCGCCAUUUUCACAUCCUCGUAGAACCUCACGGAUGUUAAGUAUAUAGGCUACCCUCCGUCUGUAUCCUAUUGGUCUCGACGUCUGCUCCAGUUGUGAGUCAGCCCUGGUGCAAUCACUUGUGUGAAAGCGCAACAAGGGAGAUCAAAAUAACCGUUUGGUGUUCACUUGGUUUUUUGGCCAACAAUGCCCAAAGAGGCCCAAGAAGCUUCUAGGGUAGACUGAUUUGCUGGAUCGAUUAUUAGCUAAAAACACUUCUAGACUGUUGCAAAUCAAAUACGAGUGUUUGAAACUGAAGUAUUUUAUCUGGAAGGAGAUUAUCCUACAUAGAAACUGCUCCCUCUAUUAACAGACCUGGCUUAGAAACAGACCUACUUUAAAAGUUCUAUAAAUUCUUUAUGCUUUUCAUAUAAUAUGUCAUUAUACUCCCCGAUCGAAAAAACUAAGCCGACAAACCCCUGAAAAUGCAUUCGUAAUUUCUAUCCACUUCGACUGGACAGAGGUGUCGGUUAAUUGCGGGGUAGGAUGUCCACUUCGGCCAUUUUAUUGACCUCUAUGCAAUCAUAAAAUUAGAGAGUGACGUAUAUGGGAAUUUCUUUGAUUUGGCUUUGGUAAAUGAGGGAGUACGUUCAUUUCUCUCGAACUUCCAGCGUGGACAUUAAACACGAAUAAUUUGCAAUAGCUAGAAUAGGUAAACUCGGUCCCAGUCAUUCCUGUAUUAAUAUUUUUAGGCAAAAUUCACCUAGCAACGACUAUCUGCUCGCCUUUUGGUUUCUGGGGUCCAAAUGAUCAGACGUUGUGUUUACUGUUUCUCUGCCACCAGUUUGACGGACUUAUUCCGAAAAUAUGUUAUUAAUUAGUUUUUAUCUUUGUUUUGAUAGACCAAAAAAGGCAAGAAGGGAAAAGGCGAAAAGAAGCAAAACACCAUACAGUUCAGUGUUGUAGGUCCAGAUGAUAUGCCGAAACUGUUUGAGAAAUCACCUUCGAGCAAAACUAAGGAGUUGUCUCAAAUAAUAACUCGUCACAUAAAUUUAUCCGAACUGGAGACCGAGAUGAUGAGCUUUCCAGAACUUAGCCUUGAGGAGCGGCUGCGGAAACGAGAGGACGACCGGAGUCGCUUUGAAUGGGAUUCAAGUCUGCCCGCCAUUGACAAACGCUAUUUCAACAGAAAUAUUUCUCGGAUUAUGAGCGAGAUGGAUCCUCAACUGACUAAUAAUACCAGUUAG